AUGGGCUACACCACCACCACCUUGGGUUCCAGACUUUUCUGCAACAGAACCAACAACUUCUUAGAGGCUGAAACUCAUCUGAUCAACAUGGUCACCAUCGAGGGACAGGCUUAUUUGACAGAUGUAAGCUACGGAGAGUCUUCUCAAACGUGGGGACCCCUGGAGCUCAUCUCUGGGAAAGACCAACCUCAAGGAGCAGGUGUCUUUCGCCUCAUUGAGAGCGGGGGCAUGUGGGUACUGGGGAAAACUGGAAGGAAGCCUGAGGUUCCCAAUCCUGACUUUGCCAAAUCAAGCCUGUUGAACAGAAGAGUGAAACGUCUGAUCUAUAGCUUCACCCUGGUGCCACGAGAGGUAGCUCAUUUCUCACAGACAAACGAGGAUCUCCAGACAGACCCCAAGUCACUGUUUACCAAUAAGUCCUUGUGCUCUCUGCAAACCCCAACAGGAUUCAGGGCCCUGAUUGGUUGGACGUACAGCGAGGUCACCUACAAACCUGAGAAAGGUGUUGACAUCUUUGAAAUGAGAGACAUUGCAGAUGAAGAGAUGGACUCCGUUUUGAGGGAAAAGUUUAAUAUAAAACUGCAGAAUAAACUGCAGACUGUCAAUAGAAAAGCACACUUUACGCUUUGA